CGUCACGUGGGCGAGUCAGGUGACACUGCGGGGCGGACGGUGGACGCAGGGACGAGGUUUGAGCUCCGGCCCCCCCCGCCCCCGACCCGAGCCCCUCCGUCGUUGCCGCCAUGACUGGGCUAGUGCUGCUCUACUCCGGGGUCUUCGUGGCCUUCUGGGCCUGCCUGCUCGUCGUGGGAAUCUGCUACACCAUUUUUGACUUGGGCUUCCGCUUUGAUGUGGCAUGGUUCCUGACGGAGACUUCCCCCUUCAUGUGGUCAAACCUGGGCAUUGGUCUAGCUAUCUCUCUGUCUGUGGUUGGAGCAGCAUGGGGCAUCUAUAUCACUGGCUCUUCCAUUAUUGGGGGAGGGGUGAAGGCCCCCAGGAUUAAGACGAAGAACCUGGUCAGCAUCAUCUUCUGUGAGGCUGUGGCCAUCUAUGGCAUCAUCAUGGCGAUCGUCAUUAGCAACAUGGCUGAGCCUUUCAGUGCUACUGACCCCAAGGCCAUUGGCCAUCGAAACUACCAUGCAGGUUACUCCAUGUUUGGGGCUGGCCUCACAGUGGGCCUGUCUAACCUCUUCUGUGGAGUGUGCGUGGGCAUCGUGGGCAGUGGUGCCGCCUUGGCUGAUGCACAGAACCCCAGCCUCUUUGUAAAGAUUCUCAUUGUGGAGAUCUUCGGCAGUGCCAUCGGCCUCUUUGGGGUCAUCGUUGCAAUCCUUCAGACCUCCAGAGUGAAGAUGGGUGAUUAGAUGAUCUGUGUGGGCGGGGCCGUGCCCCACUCUUAUUUAUUUGUGGUUUUCCCGGGACAGCUGGAGCUGUGCCCCUUAGGCUUUCAGGGGGCUUGGUGUUCAGGGCCCUCCCUGCACUCACUCCUGCUGCCUGUCGACUUGGAGGCACUGCCUGGCUGGAUCCGCAGUGUGGGGAGUGGGCUGCUGUUGACGGUGUGCAGCUUUGCACCCGUGUCCCACCUCCACCUCCAACCCAUCUUCCCAGUGUUUGUGAAAUAAACAUGGUAUUUGUCUGGGUCA